AUGAGACUGGUGUCCACCAUUUUGCUGAGUGAUAACACAUUCCACAGUUGUGAACCAGAGGGCGUAUUGUUUCUGGGCAAAACGGCAGCAGUUUAUGGUGAGAAGCCAGUCGAUGCUCUUCAUGAUGGACAUGUGGUAAUGCCACAAUUGGAGCCGAAUGAAACGCCGUCAAAGAGGAGGUGCCCUAAAGGUCGCUCUUGUGAACCUGGUCUAAGAGUAAAUAACAAAUCUCGACGUGACGCAGUUCUCAACAAUACCGUCGUCCCUGCAUGGCCCAUACGGUUGCCGAGCAUCUGUUUAGAAACGAGACGACUGGCGAUCAACACGGAUGCGCCCGUUCUCAAUCAGCACAGAAGAAAACCACGAAAUGCAGAAACAGCACAGAGCAGUGGUAACAGUCAGAAGGUUUCUAAAAAAAAUGAAAGAACUAACACAUGCCCACGUAAAAGCAGUUUACAGGGAGCAUUGGUACCUACAAAUACUUCGGUAAAGUUGCAGUACAUAUGUUGGCGACUAGAGUUGAACCAACUGGUUCAUUCACAAGCCUGCACUGCUGAAGCUGCACUUCAAGCGCCUGAACUUAAUAGCAAAAGUCAACAUUUCAAUACAUCUUGUAUAAAAUGUUUGCAGAUGACUGUCGCAAUCAACAUAUGUCUACUUGGCGAGACAGAAUCAAACUUAAUAAGUCGGCACGUGCUGAUUGUGACUUUUUUUGCAUCAUUAAUAACUUAAUGGUAGAUCUUACUAUACUCUUUGAUAUAAUUUUGUAUUUCUAAUGAAAUUUUGUUUUUAUAUGAAUGCAGAAAUCUUUUCAUUGCAUUGGUGAUUUUUAUACCAAUUCUAAACCAACUUUUGUAACAGUUGUUUGAAAUCUGUGUUGGGGAAGGAUAUGUCAAAAUAAUGAUUAUAUGUUCCAUGAAAUCUAUUAAAUAUUCUAUUUACACCUGUUCUGCAGAACACUUCAUCCCUUGUUUUUCAUCUUUUGAGACAGCAGAACAUUGUUGUAAUACUGCCACUGAGAUCACUGUAUACUCUUAUUUUAAUGGUGACAGGUUUUUUUAAACAUAAUUCAAGUGUUAAGAACAGAGCCACAUGUUCAUUCUAGCCAAUAAUCCUAUUGUAUGUAGAUUGGCAUUCUUGGUUAAAGGUGUGGCCCACUCCAGUUUUACAAUCUUUACAGAUUUUUGUUGGUGUAUUUGCUAAGGGCAUUAAGUUUAAAGUCUCUGUCACAUACAGUUAUUCAUCUCUGUAGUUUGAAGUUUUCAAAACAUCAGUGUAUAGUUACCACAAGUGAUCAUUUUGUCAAUUCUCAAAUAUUUAACAUUUCAGAUAAACACAGGAAGUCUUUGAAAUCUUCAACGGAUAAUCUGAACACAGUCAAGUGAUGGCAAUAAAUUCAAUAGCUGCAAUUUCAAAGUCUAUUUUCUUUAUCAAAUCAAGGUGUGUUUGAUUGCCCUAUUGGUCAAAUUCUCAAUUGUGAGUUUUUACAUGAGAAAUAUGCUCAACAAUCUCUCUUCAUAUACAGAAUGUACAUGCUGUUCCUCCUACCUGCUUUGCGAACUUUUGCUGAAAUGCUAAUCAUUUAUAUAUCCAACCAUGUAGUACACUUCAUGCCAAUUUGAAAUUUGUUGCAUACCACUUUGAUGGUGUUAUUUUAUUGGGCAACAGUGUACAUGAAAUAAGUCAAUAAAUAAUGUGUAACAAGUC